UGUUUAGAGAUUGUGGAUUUUUGUGUCCAGUGACAUGUACAGCAUGGGUAUCUGGCACAUUGCUGUCCAGAAGUUUCUGACGCAAGUGUUUUCUGACACUUGUGUUUGAGAGGGGCUUGAAUUGGAGAUCAGAUAUUUUUCAAAACUGCUGAUCAGACUACGUAGUGUGACUGGUUCAUAUUCAUCCCCAUUCUUUUGGCGUACACUGACAAUGAACUGACAAAGAUACAGAUUGAGCUCAUUAGCAGGGAUUUCAUGAAUUUUGCGAUUUUCAUUUUUAUCAACAAGGGGGAGGUGAAGAAAUGUCAAACAAAAGGUUGUCCAGUUCAGAGCUGUCAAGAGUGUCUAGAAUUGAAGAUUCAAACAAGCCAUCAAUGCAUGUAGAUUCAGGCUGGAUGGUUGCAUUUGAAUUGCCAUUGUUUGGAAUAAUAAAUUGACUGUACAUGUCAGAAUUCAACGUCAUUAAAUCAUCAGAAAAACCUUUUACCAGUUCAUGUUUUGCCAGUGUCAAAAUUUGACCAUCAUUGAAUAGUUGUACCUUAUACAUAGCAUAGGUACCAAGUGGAUGUAUAAUAUCAACUAUUUUGCCCUUUCCACCAUUUAAACCGCAGUUUACUGUGUCACCAACACGAAAAUUUAUUUUUUCCAUUUUAUUUGUUUGGCGUUCUUUCUAUCAUGACAAGGGAAGUAACUCCUAUUUGUUUACAUUAUUAAGUUAUGAUAUAUUACUCCCCUUGUGUUGGUGCGUAGGAAUACGAAAAGAAGUUCUCACGUGGAGUGUGAGAUCAGCCCAUGUGAGAUAAGAUUUUCCAACACCGCUAUUUUUAGUAACCUUUAGGGAUUUUUCUAUCUGGUUAGUGAGAAAUAUACUUCCUUUUUGCUCAUAAGGAAAACACUUAAACAUAUAUUUGUCGUUUUCUCUUUAAUUUUGUUAUAGUAUGACAAGAUCUUUUAAUGGAUUAACUGAAAUUUAACCGAAUGGAUAAUAUUUGUGUGUUGCUAACUUUAUUUCUUAUUUUACCAACAAUCGAGGCAAAAUGCAAUGAGAAGAAUGGUGUUCACAGUUUUGGUGAUAAUUGCCGUUUUAUGUGUCAUUGCGAACAGAAUACAGAAUGUAACGAAACUACCGGUGAAUGUUCAAAUGGAUGUGCACGUGGAUGGUAUGGACCCGGUUGUCAGUACAGGGAUAUCAUAGAUCAUAAGUUUUCAAAACACUCGAAUAACAGUUAUAGUAAUUUGGCAACUGACGGCAAGAUAGACACGUGUUACCGGGAGUUUAAGAAUAAUAGGACGGAGCAACUGUUCUGGAGCGUUGUGUUAUCUAUUAACGAAACGAUUCAUGAAAUACAGAUUAGCACUAAGGUUAAGUCUUUGGUUUAUUUCAAGAAAUUUACAGUUUUUGUAGGUUAUUCUCGAUUGCCUCGCAGCUAUGAUACUAUUGAUGAACGAGCGUGUUUUAGACAAGGUCACGAUAUUCCAAAAUCAUCAACGUUUAUUGUUUUAUGUAAAAAGCCUGUCAUUGGAAAUGUUGUGAAAAUUGAACUUGCACAAUCACAAAACGUACUAGAACUUUGUGAUGUGAGAGUAAAUGGAGGAAGAAAUUUAGCAUUUAAGCGAACUUCUGCACAAUCAUCAAAAUUCGAAGGAUGCGGAACACAUUUUUGCAAAUCUAGCUUCGCUGUUGAUGGGUAUGCAUCAACUAAAGAUAUCUAUUUUUGUAGUUUAACCGACGAAGAAGAAAAACCUUGGUGGCAAAUGUAUCUAGAUUACAAUAUAAGGAUCUGGAACAUAAAAAUCAUAGAUACCAAUAAUCACAAUCAAAUACCAUAUGUGGUGCAUAUUACAAAUACAAAUGAUACAAAAAUCGGAAAAGAAGGACCGUACGGGAAAAAAGGAGUUUCUCAUAACACACACACACAAAGUUUUACAAUGAAUUCAGCGGGCAAGUUUGUGACAAUAUCUGUAGAAGGAAAACGUAACCUAACAGUCUGUGAAGUAUUUGUUUUUGGAGAUUGCCGAGUAAAUCAAUGUGGGUAUAAUUGCGAGAAAAAAUGUCAGUGUAAACAUGCCACAAUGUGGGAUAGAAUUUCCGGAAAUUGUGCAAUAAGUUGUGACAAAAAGGAAAGAGGUUAUCAAUGCAAUAUGCCCUGCAAAACAGAUGAUGACUGCACCUUUGAGUGUGGAGAAAAUUGUUUUGGAGGUGACUGCAUUCCAAAAUCCGGAGAAUGUACUAAAGGUUGUAAACCCGGAUGGGAGGGAACGUACUGCAAAAACACUUGUGAUCCUGGCUUUUAUGGUCAUAACUGUUUGAAGAAGUGCAGUGACCAUUGUAAACACAGGAAUGAAUACUGCAACAAUGUUGACGGAAACUGCACAUAUGGAUGCAUGGAUGGAUGGAAGGCACCAUUGUGUGACCAAGCCUGUGAUGCUGGUUUUUAUGGUAGAAACUGUACAGAAAAGUGUAGUGAGCAUUGUGCGGGGGGAAACAGAAACUGUAAUACUACUACUGGAUAUUGUGAAAUGGGUUGUCAGUCAGGUUGGACUGGACUGCGUUGUGUCAAUGCAUGUCCUUCUAGAAAGUUUGGUGCAGGAUGUAAAGAGAGUUGUGCUUCCACUUGCAAAAAUGAUGCUUGUGAUCAUGUGAAUGGCAUUUGUCGUGAUGGAUGCAAGCGAGGUUAUCAAGGAGAUAAGUGUGAAAGUGAAUGUCGUGACGGGACGUUUGGUGAAGAAUGUAAGGAGGAUUGUUCUUCUAAUUGUAACAAUAAUACGUGUGAUCAUGUGACUGGUAAUUGUACAAACGGAUACAAGCCUGGCUAUAAAGGAAAUACUUGUGGAGAAAUUUCAGACAACAUUUUAAGUGACGCAAAACCGGAUACAGGAAGUAAUGAAACACGAAAGCUGAAAAUAGCGUUGAUAUGUGUCGGAAUCCUUUGUGCCAUUAUUGUUGUGUAUGCUACAGUAAUAACGAUCUUGUUAAAGCGUAAGGCGACGCAUAACGUAAAAGAUGGGACUAAUGUCAGUUGCAGUGGAAGGGGCAAUGAUGAUGCCAUUACAAACAAAACAAAUAAGACAGAAACUGUAACAGCUGAAGCAGCAACAGAAGCAACAACUGAACUAGCGAGAGUUAACAUAAAUGCCUCUGACGAUGAAUCUCAUCAAUAUACUGAUCUUACUCCUGAUACAGAAGAUGUCGAAGCAGCAUAUGAAACUAUUCAACUUGAAUGACCAUAACUAUAAAAAGUGUUACAUAACGUGUUUUGACAAGGUGUUUACUGCACUCUGAAAUCCAAUUAAUUGUUAAAAGCUUUAAAUUUGAUAUGACAAUGAUAUGUCUUUUAAUAGGGCUUUGUCCUUUAAACUAUUAUAUGCGUUGCGUUGAAAAUUAUGUUUUAUGUGAAAAUUAUUGUUCAAUAUGUAUUUUUUAUGCAUUUCUUGUUGAAAAAGCUUCACUAUAAGCAUUUUUUAAAACUCGAUCAGUUUUUUUUUCAUUAAAAGUAACUGGCAAAAGUUUCGAAUUGUACUAACUCAAACUGGAUAUGUUUCCAAUUGGAAUUUUUUAUUAAUAAUUUUAUGGGAAAUAAUGAAAACUUAUCCAAUUUGAAUUAAAAAAUAUAGUUAAGGUAUGUUUAUGUAUCUUCUAGCCUUAUAAUGAUGAAAUGCAUAGGUUAGACCAUAAAAAUGACCUUUUUCACAAGAUUGUUGCAAUAAUUUCAGAUAUUCUUUUUUACGCUGAUUAGAAUUAUGUACUAAUAAAUUGUUUUCUUCUUGUGGAAGAAGAAGUGACAUGUCACGGAAUUCAACGAAAUCUUGUAGUGCAAUCAAAAAUAUAAGAAACUUCAGACUUAGAUUUAGCAGAUUACAAUUGUGUUGUAUAAACAAUCAGCUUUGAUGUGUACUUUCCAUACGACAUCAAUAAAGGAUGUCGCUCUAUAAUUAUUAGGGUUAAACAAACUGCCUUUUUAUGAACAGGUAUAACUACAUAUUGACACCAUUUUUCUGGGAAUGUUCCAUAACUAAAUAUCUUAUUAAAUAAUUUGCAAAUAUAAGGAAGUAAAGUGUCUAUACCACAAAUGAUAUGUGAAGAUGUGCGCCACUAGUUGCCUUGUUAGACUUUAUUUCUUAACCAUUUCGUUUAUUUCAUCCUUAGAUUUUUGGCUAUUAAAGAGAAAAGAAAGUUCUCAAUGUCAUCCUAAUAUUAUAUUCAUCUGACAAACAUUACAAAUUGCAUCAUGUAAAUUUUCACCAAUACCUCAAUCGAUAUCACCUACAGAAAACAACUGUUUAAAGUGAGUGAAUCAGGUACCAAUACUUAUCUACUAUAUUAUGAAUGUCUGUUACAGGUUUCUUAAAAAUUAUUUAUUUUCUACCAACAUUCUUUGGAGUUGUAAAUGCUUUAAUCAAUAUCAGCUAUUAAUUGUUUUAUAUGCAUAUAUUUUUGUCUACAUAUAUUUUAAAUGAAUGCUUAUUGUCAUUAUCAAUGUUUAAAUAAUGCAAACUUGGACAUUAUCUGAUUUUCGCAGUAAAAACCUAAACACUU